AUGACUUCACGAGGCAAGAAAAUUUUAGCUAUGAUAACUACCAACCAAAAAUCCAAAAGUGAUAUUGAUAAUAAUGAAUUUAAUAAGACUGAUGAACAAACCAAGAAUACUAAUGAUAAUAGAGAAAAUAAGACUUAUAAUGAAACUAACUGUGAUAAUAUUAACGUCAUUGAACCUACCGAAAGUACAAAAAAAAUAAAAUUUGAUAUUGAAAAUCUACCGGUGGUGAUGCUAGAUGGACAGAAUGAGCUUGAGAAUUCUAAAGAAGAUAAUGAAGAAAACAAUCUUGUUUCCCUGUGCUUUGAUAGCCUGUUGGAGGAUAACGCUACAGUAUCGCUUGAAGAGGAAUCUCAUAUGUAUGAGCUAGAUGAAAAUGAAAGAUCUGAAGUAAUGAAUGAUUUGCUUGAUAACAAUGAAACUGGCAGUGAAUCAGUGAGGAGUAGCUCACUAGAAAAAAACGAUGGAGUCGUAGAACAGAAUUACCAAUCAACCUAUGAUAAUGAAAAAGAUAACGAUUCAGACUACCAACCCGAAUCGGAAAUCAACAAUAAUAGUUCCGAUUCGGAGGAUUCGGAGAUGAUUGAUCGAACAGAAAAUGCCAAUUUAGAUGCAGAAAUUGGGAAUCAAGAAGAAAAUAAUAAGGCGCGUAAAAGAAGAUUAGUUGCCAAUUCGGAAGAGUGGAAAAGAAAUAAAAAUAAAAAACUAAGGCUAGAAGGAAAACCUUAUCUCGGUUUUAGCAAGAAGAAAGGAGAGAAAAUGAAGCAGGAUACUCAAAGGGUUGAACGAAGAUUGAAAGAAACAUGCAAAUCUACAAAAUGAAAAAAAAGUACUAAGAGAUUUUGUCAACAAUUUACAGAAGAAACACGACAACAAAUUUUUAGUAAAUUUUGGAACGAAACGGAUUGGGGUCAAAGAAAGGUUUUUGUAGGUAUCUUCGAAUGUAAUCAAACAAAAUACUGCACGGGGUAGAGAAGCAUCGCGAAGACAGGGUACAUACUUAUAUUAUUUGAAUUCAGGAGACAAAAGACUUCAAG